AUGGAGAGGCGCUCUCGUAUGGCCGACAAUGCUAAAGAACUAAUAGACAAGGCAAUUGCUGAAAAACUUGAAAUCAACAACCAUUCUUAUACAAAAACCUUUCAAGUUGCUGAUUUGGGUUGCUCAAUCGGGCCAAACACAUUCUUGGGGGUGCAAAACAUUAUUGAUGCUGUGGAGCUAAAGUAUCAAAAAACCCAAGGACAAAGUAGUUUUCAACUUCCUGAGUUCCAAGUCUUCUUCAAUGAUCAAAUCUCCAAUGAUUUCAACCAGCUUUUCACAUCCCUUCCUCCAGAACGAAGAUACUAUGCAAUGGGCGUGCUCGAUUCAUUCCAUGAUCGCUUAUUUUCCGAUGGUUCUCUACACUUUGUUCAUUCUUCCUAUUCUUUCCAAAUGCUUUCUGAAGUGCCAAAAGUGGUGGUGGACAAGAGCUCUCCUGCUUGGAACAAAGGAAGGAUUCACUACUCAAAUGCUUCAGAUGAGGUUAUUAGGGCUAAUGAAGCUCAAUAUGUGAAUGACAUGGAGAGGUUUCUAAAUGCUAGAGCACAAGAGAUUAUGAAUGGGGGACCGAUGGCCCUUAUUAUUCCAGGUUGUCCCAAUGGAAAGUCUCAUUCUGAAGCUUUUGUGAACAUAAAAAUAGAACUUUUGGGAUCUUGA